AUGACGCCUGACCUCGAGAAUAUUGGGGUCAUGGUUCCGGAUCGUCUUCCAGCCACAGUGGCAAGAACGCUAAAGUACAUACCAGAGUUAAAGAAAGAAGUAGAAAGACUGACACAAAAGAAAGAAGAUCUCACAUUAAGAUCAAUCCCUAAGAAAGAAUAUUCAGCUGAUUUCAAUAAGCAAACACUAAGAGGAAGAAUUCAGAAUUCUUUAUCAAUUGUCUCAGCAAAUCAAGUAGGAGAUAGAGAAAUCACGAUUCAAAUAUCUAUUUUGAAGACCAAUAAGAGUUCGUUUGCUGAAGCUAUAUCAGAAUUAGAGGAGGAAGAACUUCACCUACUAAUUGCAUCUUGUUUUCAGACCUGCAAGAUAGAGUUUUCUACAAUUUGCAUUUUCCGGUAUUAA